CCAUUGAAAAUGGCGCUGGGCACUAUGUGAAGACUUGGGGAGGAAAAAAUCUGCAGUAUAUAUUUUUUGUUAUUGUGUUACAAACGAAACGACGUCAUUGCGUGAAUGUUGAUCUUUUUCUGACUUAGCAUCGUUGGUGUAGAAGGGGUGAGUUGCGAUGAGUGAUGUGGUUGAAAAGACUCUUACCGCUCUCCCGAGCCUCCUGUCAUUGGAUUCCCAACCGGGUGCAGGCAAACUUUCCAUCACUUCAAAAUUAGGGAGUCUCAUAAAGAAUAUCACCGAGCUAACAUCUAAACAUGAAGAAUCAAAACUAAUAAAAAAGGAGCUGUCGACAAUCAAAGAACAAAUUUCUUCCCCACACACAACACUGAGACAGAUGAAGGAGAUAAUGGUGAGAAUGAUUUACUGUGAAAUGCUAGGUUAUGACACCUCUUUUGGCUACAUACAUGCAAUUAAACUAGCACAGCAGGGCAGCCUACUGGAAAAAAGAGUGGGUUACCUAGCAGUUUCUUUAUUUUUGAAUGAAAAUCAUGAACUGCUUCUUCUUCUUGUAAAUACAGUAUUAAAGGAUUUGCAGAGUACCAAUCUUGUAGAAGUUUGUAUGGCUUUAACUAUAGCCAGUCAAAUUUUUCCAAAAGAUAUGAUCCCAGCUGUGUUGCCACUGGUUGAAGAAAAACUGCAGCAUUCAAAGGAGAUAAUUAGAAGAAAAGCUGUGCUUGCACUUUACAAGUUUUAUUUAAUUGCUCCAAAUCAAGUCCAACAUAUUCAUGACAAGUUUCGGAAAGCACUUUGUGACAGAGAUCCUGGAGUCAUGAUAUCAUCCUUGCAGAUAUAUCAGCAAAUGAUUAAGGAUUGUCCAGAUGGCUAUAAAGAUUUGACAGGGAGCUUUGUGGCAAUUCUAAAACAGGUUGUUGGAGGAAAACUCCCAGUGGACUUCAAUUACCACAGUGUCCCAGCACCAUGGUUACAGAUUCAACUACUGAGAAUUUUGGCCUUACUGGGAAAGGAUGAUCAAAGUGCAAGUGAACUAAUGUAUGAUGUUCUGGAUGAAUCUUUAAGAAGAGCAGAAAUUAAUCACAACAUCACAUAUGCAAUUUUGUUUGAAUGUGUGAAGACCGUAUACACUAUACAUCCAAAAUCUGAUUUACUUCAGAAGGCAGCAAAGUGCAUUGGGAAGUUUGUUCUGUCACAUAAAAUUAACUUAAAGUACUUGGGAUUAAAAGCUCUCACCUACGUAGUUCAGCAGGAUCCAAACCUUGCCCUUCAGCAUCAAAUGACAAUCAUUCAGUGUUUGGAUCAUCCUGAUCCAAUUAUCAAGCGUGAGACUCUGGAGCUGCUUUAUCGAAUAACAAAUGGUCAAAAUGUCACAGUCAUAGUGGAGAAGAUGCUUGCCUUUUUAUGGCAAAGUAAAGAUGAAUAUACUACUAUUGACCUAGUUGGAAAAGUGGCUGAACUGGCAGAAAAAUAUGCUCCAGAUAAUGAGUGGUUUGUUAAAACCAUGAACACUGUAUUUUCUUUAGGAGGUGAUGUGAUGCAACCUGAUAUACCAAACAACUUUCUCAGACUGCUUGCUGAAGGCUUUGAGAAUGAAAUUGAAGACAAACAGUUGCGACUAUUUGCUGUAGAGUCCUAUCUGUCUCUUUUGGAUAAAGAAAACUGUAAUUUUCCACAGAGAUUCCUUCAAGUCAUUAGCUGGGUUUUGGGAGAGUAUUCAUAUCUUAAAACAGACACUCUUUCAGAGAUUGUGGCUGAAAGAUUACAGAAGCUUCUUGACCAAAGCACCAUUUCACAAGAAACAAAGAGCUGGAUCAUGGCGGCAAUCACAAAACUUGCAAGUGACUCUGUUUGUUCCAGCACUGUAACUGAAAUUGCUGAGAAGCAUAGUGUGUGUCUGGAUACAGUUCAGAGACAACAUGCAUUUGAAAUGAAAGCACUACUUGAUGACAGAGAACUAAUGAAACAAAUAUUACCCAAGGAUGCAAGCUGUGAAGAUAUAGAGGUAGACAUAUCUUUGUCAUUUCUGGAUGAAUUUGUGGCCAAUGCAUUAGACCGUGGAGCUGCACCUUACAAACCACCUCAUCAGAGACAACAGGAACUUUCUCAAGCCAAAGCCCUGAAUUUUGAGCCAUAUGGCUUGUCUUUACCAAUUAGUGCUUCAUCCUAUAGCAUUGCAGGAAGACAGUCUCCUACAGGACUCUCCUUAAGUUCUGGUUUAUCAGGGAACAGUGCUGAAUUGACACAGAAAAAAGGAUCAAACAGUCUUAAGCUUGAAGGUGUGAAAAAAGUUUGGGGUAAGGAAGGCUAUCUACCUCAAAGUGAAACCGCACAAGAAGUUAAUCAUCCCUCUGCAUCUUGUCCUGAUGUAGAGGCAACUACUAUGGAAAAACUAGUUGAAAAUGCAUCAGUACAAUCAGAUUUGUUACCAGUGGCAUUAAAUGUCAAGGACCAGGAAAAACAGCAGCUGGCAUCAUCCCUCUUUGUAGGCAUUGGGUCCCAUGACACUCUAAGCCUGAUGGGAAAGUCAGAGAAUAAUGCACAGAGGUUUAGAAAAAGAAGCAAACUCAAAGAAUACUCGAAGGAAACUGAAAGGCUUUCUCGGGAUGAAUUUUCUCUACAAAGUCCACCCCAGAAUCUCCUGGAUAAUGCCAACUUUUCGGAAUCCUCUGAAAACUUGAAUGGUUUGGGAACACUUUUUACUAGCAAGUUCUCAAAGAAGGCAGAUUCUACUACUCUGGACUAUGACAAAAUGAGUAAACAAGAAAUGUUGACUGUCCCCACUAAGGGUUCUUCUUUGUUAUUUACCAGUGAUGAUAUGGUAGUUGUAAAGCCUUCACACAGUCCGGCAGAAAUUAGUUUCCUUCCAUCAAGCAAUCAGUAUUUUUCUUUGCCAGCAGAGCUAUCACAACAGGCACAUUCUGAAGUAGAACAGCUUGCUUACAAUGACUUUUUAUCUUUGUCUGCUUGCAAAAUUUACCAGAAGGACUGCUUACUUUUGGUUGUUUUUAUUACCAGCUACAGUUCUACUCCGAUUACUCAUAUUGAACUCUGCUUUCCACAAAGCAAACUGAAGGUAUUUAAUAGUGCAACUCAUCAUUUCCAUUCACUUGAGGCCAAGUCUACAGUAAAUUGCCAGAGCUGUCUUUUGAUGGAAGAGCCUUGUGCACAGUUAGAUCUUGUUGGAAAUCUCACCUACCAUUUAGAGUCUGAGGAAAUAUCAGAACUGGAGUUUUCUUUGACUUUGACGUUGCUAGACUUUGUCAGGCCCCUCAUAAUUUCUACAGAUGACUAUGGCAAGCUCUGGCUUUCCUUUGCCAAUGAUGUGAAACAGAACCUUAACCUAUUGUCGAAUGCUAAAGACCCACUCACUGCAACACUAAACGUUUUGAAAGAUAACCUGUGUCUUCAUAUUGUUGACAUUAUAGGUAAGGAGAGUAUAAUUGCCUGUCAGCUGCUCCCCUCCAUCCCGUGCCUGAUGCACUGCCGAGUUCAUAGUGGGAUGCUUGCUGUGUGGCUAAGGUCGCCAUCACCAGACUUUAUUGAUUGUUUACUGUAUCACUGUCAGAGGAUACUGCAAGAAAAAUGAUGUUUCAGAUAAUUAGUCUGCGUUUGUUUAUGUUUUUAUGCUGUUCUUUCUUGCUAUGACUUUCUACUCAGGAUAUUAAAAUAGCCUUGCAAUAACUUUCCUGAUUUAAUAUUUUCACAUGAAUGUUUGUGGUUGAGUUGGAGACCUGAGUUUUGCUGCAUAGUAACCAAGACAUUUUCUAUUAUAAUGCCUUUUAACUUUGCUUCCUUUGUCCUUGUAGUUUCUUGUAAUUUACAAUAAUUCUAAUCAAUGAAGUGUUUGAGCAAUUAAAUCUGCAGACACUAUUCUUUGUUGUAGCCAGUGAUCCAUAAAGAUCAGUAAAUUAAAAACUGCAGCUGAUGCAGUGUGAUAUAACUGAGGUGCCUUUGUAAAGUGUCUUUGUUAAAGCUAGAAGGUUUUUAUUUUUUUACCCAUUUGAUGCACAGCUCAUUGACUUGGCCGAGUUUCUUACUACCUAACUGUUCUUGCAUGAAGGUAUCAGGACAUAAUUUCUAGUUUGACCAUCAGAAGGGCCUCUUGAUAUACAGUAUUUUUGUUUUUUCUAUCGGGGCUAGAAUGUAGCUGUGAUCUCUUUGCCAAAAAUGUAAAAAGCUGGAAAGGUAUCUCUGGCCAAGUGGAAGGUAGGUAUGCUCCAACAUGAAACAUUGCCACUGUACCUGAUCGUGUUCAGCUCUGACGGGAGAGAGUCCCCUGCGUGGAGAGAAGAGCACGUGGCUUUGAUAUAUCUCUGCCAGUGAGCAGGUAUCCUCUAAAACACACGUAGCUGUGAUCUCUCUCACAAAAAAGUCAAAUGUAACUCUUUAACAAUCUCUAGAUGAUAAUGUCUGCUGAACAAACAGGUAUUGCUAGCUAAGCGGGGGAAAGGUAUGCUCGGACACGUGGCAAGAGGCAGAGCAACUCGAAUGGAGGCUGGCGCGUGAUUGAGGAUAGCUCCCUACUCCUGAGGUCCCGCCUCCUCCUCCCCUCAGCCCGCAGCCUGUCUCUCAGAUUUGCGCAAAUAAAUCGGUGCCGCAACUGGACAAUGAUACUUAGCGCAAUGAGAGAUGUCGCAAAAUUAACCGGAAUGUUCAAUUAAAUUAUAGAAAAAAAAAACAUCUGAAUCAUUUAAGUAGUUCUCUAAUGAAAAGCAGAUAGACAAAGAUUGGAUUUUAUAUAGAGAGAGAUGACAAAUUUGAAUUUAAAUUUGUUGAAGCUUGAUUAUUUUUUGUACAAUUGAACUCUUGGGCAUAUCCACUCUAUGCAUACAGCAGAAUUAAUACAAAGGCCUUAUCAGGUGUGUUCUUGUUAAUGUCUUACUAGCUUACAGAUCAAAAACAGCAAAAGUGUUUUAGCAUGUUUUAAUUGAAUCAAUUUUCUAUUACAGUUGAUAAGACAGCAUUAUAUACAAACAAGAAUUAAUGAUUGACAAUUUAAUUUUAAUGUUAAUGUAAGCAUGUUUUGCAUUGUGCUAAAUACUGAAGUGGCAUGGUUCAUGUACACAGAGACAACAGUUUUUUUGGAUACAUGUGCCCUUCCAUCUUAAUUCAGAUACUUUAUCCAGGUAGGCAGUUAGGAACAGCUUGCAUGGGAACAGUUCAGUUAAUGAAUGGGUAAGACUAAACAUUUGAGACUUUGAAUUUGGCAUUGAUGUAGCUCCCAGAUACACUGUUGUGAGUGUGUGAGGAAAAACAUCCCAGUAUCGGCUAUUUGAGAACAGACAAACAUCCAAAAGACGUGUUCUCAGCUGUAGUUCUGUUGUUGGAAAAAGACUGUUGAAGAUAGGAGCUAAUUGGGGUUGGCACAACUUUAGCUGAAUAACAGACAUACCAUGAGGAGUUAGCUAAGAUCUCAGAAUAACACUGGAACAGAAAAAUACACAUCUGAAGGCACAGGUGGUUUUAUGUUAUGAUAGAUGGGAUGUGGCAGGCAAAAAAAACCCAACUGAGUUCCACUGCUGUCAGUUUAAAAAGCUAGAAUGUGAUAUUAUUGUGAUAAUAUAAGCACAUUAUAGUAGGAGCUGGAAAAAACGUACCUGGUGUGAUAGAAAAUUCAAGCCUAAAACUCUUUUGCAGUCACCAGAUGUCAUUUCUCUGUAGCGUCUUUGGUAUGAAAUGGAAGGAGCUGUCAAGAGUAAAGUUCAGUCAAUGACUAUAGAACUUGUUGGAGGACAUAUAAGGCAGAGUUCAUGUGCCACUUUUUCCACACCUAGUUCCUCCCAUGCUUAGAUGUUAACUUUAAGAGUAAGUAGGGAGCCAUCUUGCUACUCUGUAGAUGGACCUAAUAAACUGGUUACCCAGUGUACUUUGUACAUACCAUGUUUAUUCCACCAAAACUUUACAUAAGUUAUAUUGACAUGAUUACUGUUUCAGGAUGUUUUUGUUUUCUACAUACAUCUGUUUUAUCUUUUUUGUACAUUUCCUGAGGCUUCUACAUUUGUACACCAAACUACUGGUUUUAGAAAACAUUUAGAAUAUCUGAUGCCACUGAACUGUUUCAGGGGUUGUUUAUUUUUAUUUGGUAUAAUAUGCAAUUGGAUUCUUAUUGCAUCUGUUUAAUUUAAUUUUAUGGUAUUUAUUUUCAAUUUCAUUUUUUAUGGUAUUUGCAACACUUAAAAUAUGUUUUGGGUACCUUAUUUGCACUUUAUUUGUGGCCUCAGUUAGGGUUUUGAAAUGGUAGCAAAAUAGCAAGCACUAACAGAGGUAAGAAACAACUAAUCAUUUUUUAAUAAACAGUUACAGAAACUGAAUGUUUGCCUGUUGUAUAUACUAUUAGUUAUUGUACCAAUUUAGAUUUCUUCAGUAUUAAUUUAGUGACUUAUUUUUAAAGAAUGCAUUUCUUCAUUUGUUUAACUGUACAUUAUGAAGUUGUUUGAACCUUUGUUAAAACAUUUGCAAAUAAAUAACUUUAAAUAAAGGUUUUCGAUUUAGAAUUUUGUGUUUAGUUAAUAUUGUGAUUUUUGUUUUUCAAUGAAAUGUAUAUGAAAUCAAGAUUUAAUUUAUAACCUGAAAAUAUAAUAAAGUUUUGUUUAUUCUA